AUGCCUGAGCCAGCGAAGUCUGCUCCGGCGCCUAAGAAGGGCUCCAAGAAGGCGGUCACCAAGACCCCGAAGAGCAAGAAGAGCCGCAAGGAGAGCUACCCCAUCUACGUGUACAAGGUGCUGAAGCAGGUGCACCCUGACACUGGCAUCUCGUCCAAGGCCAUGGGCAUCAUGAACUCCUUCGUCAACGACAUCUUCGAGCGCAUCGCGGGCGAAGCUUCGCGCCUGGCACACUACAACAAGCGCUCCACCAUCACCUCUCGGGAGAUCCAGACAGCCGUGCGCCUGCUGCUGCCCGGCGAGCUGGCCAAGCACGCCGUCUCCGAGGGCACCAAGGCUGUUACCAAGUACACCAGCUCCAAGUAG